AUGAAUCCGAACUCCGUCAGUGUGAUGGACUGUGGUCCGCGUGCAGCGAUUGCAGCCUCUGCGAUUUGUUUGCUGGUAAGCAUCAUCGGGAUGUCCGUUUCAGCUGGUGGUUGGGACAUCCUUGGAAGCAAGGGGACGUUUAUGGAUGCUCAGCAGUGCAACCACAGCCGGCCGAUCCCAGAUGGCAGGGACUUGUUCCAAGCAGUUUGUGCUGCUGGUGGUACCGAGGCACCCUUUACAGGAGUGCAUAACCGGAAGGUCGAGAAAGAUGCCAGUGGCGUGUAUCGCUGUGCAUGCUGCGGUGAACCUCUCUUUACUCCCAAGGAGAAGUAUAACUCUGGAACAGGGUGGCCAAGUUUUGAUGCGCCUGUCGAGGAUGCUCUUGGAUACAGGAAAGACAUCUUGCAGUUUGGCAGCACGGAGGUUCACUGCAAGCAGUGCGGAGCGCAUCUGGGACAUGUUUUUGAUGACGGGCCAGCGACCACGGGCCUUCGGUAUUGCAUCAACAGUGUCUGCCUUUGGUUCGACGAGACGUCCUCUGCAGUCGCCACCGCCAGCUUGCCAUUUGUUCUUAACAGCUACCUGGUAUUGCUCCUCCUCAUUGGAUGCUGUGGGAGCUGCUGCGUGCUAUCUAAGCAUGCCGCCAUUGCCGGGCAGCCGGUCUACAAGAAAUGGCGUCAGAGCAAAACAGCCGCAGGGACAGCUACAGUAAGUGCCUGGCCAUCUGACCAAGCAUUCUGA